CUCCCGGCGGGCCGGCAUCCGCGCGGCCGUGGUGCUCAUCGGGCUGCUGCACAAGUCCAGGAAGCAGAACAAGGAGAAAAGGAAGCAGGAGCUGCUGAGCAGCACAGAUGUGACCCUCCCGGAGCGGCCACUGUCCCCUCCGCUCACUGCCCCCCCCCACCAUGAAGUCUGCAGAAUUCUUCGAGAUGUUGGAGAAGAUGCAGGCACCAAAACUUGAAGAUCAGAAAGCUGGAAGCCAAAAACAUAAGGAGGACUACAUCCCAUACCCCAGCAUCGAUGAGAUCCUGGAGAAGGGCAGCCCCUACCCACUGGUCAUUCUGCCCCAGUUUGGGGGGUACUGGAUUGAGGACCCAGAGAACCUCGGCACGCCCACCUCAUCCGACAGCAGUGUCUGCGAGGAGGAGGAGGAGAACUUCAGCCCCAGCCCCUAUGGGUACAAGCUGGAGUGCAAAGGAGAGGCCAGAGCAUACAGGAAGCACUUCCUGGGGAAGGACCACUUAAACUUUUACUGCACGGCCAGCAGCCUGGGAAACCUGAUCCUGUCCAUUAAGUGUGAGGAGAUGGAUGGCACUGAAUAUUUACGGAUUAUACUCAGGUCCAAAGUGAAGACGUUGCAUGAAAGAAUUCCUCUGGCAGGAUUUAGCAAGCUGCCCAGCAUCCCACAGAUUGCGAAGGCCUUCUGUGAUGAUGCCUCUGGACUGAAGUUUAAUCCGGUUCUGUAUCCCAAGGCCUCCCAGAUGAUAGUGGCUUAUGAUGAGCAUGAGGUCAACAACACUUUCAAGUUUGGUGUCAUCUACCAGAAGUUCAGGCAGACUCAGGAGGAAGAGCUGUUCGGCAACAAUGAGGAGAGUGCUGCCUUCAGGAACUUCCUAAAUUUGCUGGGAGACACCAUAACACUGCAGGACUUUAAAGGUUUCCGAGGAGGCCUGGAUGUCAGCCACGGGCAGACGGGGGUUGAGUCUGUGUACACCGUGUUCCGGGACAGGGAGAUCAUGUUCCACGUGUCCACCAAGCUGCCUUUCACGGAAGGGGACACCCAGCAGCUGCAGAGGAAGAGGCACAUUGGCAACGACAUUGUGGCAAUUAUCUUUCAAGAGGAGAACACGCCAUUCGUCCCAGACAUGAUUGCCUCCAAUUUCUUACACGCCUACAUUGUGGUGCAGGUGGAGAACCCCGAUGCAGACACUGCAUCCUACAAGGUCUCCGUCACGGCCCGGGAAGACGUCCCCUCCUUUGGCCCACCACUGCCAAGCCCGCCAGUGUUUCAGAAGAGCCCCGAGUUCCGGGAGUUCCUGCUCACCAAGCUCAUCAAUGCUGAGAACGCCUGCUGCAAGUCAGACAAGUUUGCGAAGCUGGAGGACCGGACACGUGCUGCCCUGCUGGACAACCUUCACGAUGAGCUCCAUGGGCACACACAGACCAUGCUGGGGAUGGGGCCUGAGGAGGACAAGCUGGAGAACGGAGGACACGGGGGCUUCCUGGAGUCUUUCAAGAGAGCCAUCCGCGUGCGCAGCCACUCCAUGGAGACAAUGGUGGGCAGCCAGAGGAAGCAGCAUGGCGGCGGCAUCCCGGGCAGCCUGAGCGGGGGCAUCGCGCACAACAGCAGCGAGGUGACCAAGACCACCUUCUCGCCCCCGGUCUCGGCAGCCGCGGCCAAGAACCAGUCGAGGAGUCCCAUCAAGCGCCGCUCGGGGCUGUUCCCACGCCUGCACACAGGGUUGGAGAGCCAGGCAGACAGCAGGGCGCGAUGUCUCCCCACACAGCCUUUUUGUGCCCUCAGUGACAGUAUUUCUGGAGCACAGAAGACACCAGAUGUUGGACAUUCAUCCCAGGAGAUGAAAUCUGAGACCUCAUCCAACCCCAGCUCCCCUGAAAUAUGCCCCAACAAAGACAGGCCCUUUGUCAAGCUGAAGGAGAACGGCCGAUCCAACAUCUCGCGCUCCUCCUCGAGCACCAGCAGCUUCAGCAGCACGGCGGGGGAGAGUGAGACACUGGAGGAGUACGACAGCGUGGGCAGCCAGCCAUCCACAGCAUCGCCCUUCAAGCAGGACGUGUUCAUCUACAGCGCAUCGCCUGUCAGUGAUAGCCCGAGCGUGGGGGCCGCGGCCACCCCGGUCAUCAUGAGCCGGAGCCCCACAGCAGAUAUAAAGAACAGAAACUCCCCGAGGUCAAACCUGAAGUUCCGCUUCGAUAAGCUCAGCCACGGCAGCUCCAGCACGGUCCAAUGCAUAUCCUUUAACGACAGCACGCAGCGACCAAUUGCAGCGCUUAUUAUUAAAUGCGUGGUCAGUACCAGAUCUGUGGGCAUCCUAAAUGCUUUUGUAAGAGGAUUUUUGUUUCAGCAAAGGGAAAACUUCACCUCCCCGUGGGAACGCACACACCUCACACUCCAGCACGGUGCCCUCCCCGCUGCAGCCGACCCUGUGCCCGCCGGAGGACAUCACCUCCCUCCCGGCCCCAGCAGUCCUAGCCCUCCCCGUGCCCCCCUGCCUCCCCUACGGCCCCAGCAGGCUGCGGGCAGGGAGCUGGGGGGGCACCGGAGAGGUUUGAAGUGUCCCUCAGGUGCUUGCACCGUCCAUGCACACACACACCCCUGGGAGUUUUUUUCCCCUUGGCAGGCACGGGCAGCUCUGGUUCUCUGCUUUUGGAGCUGGUGCGGCAGUGCUGUGGGACCGGGGCCCACGCGCUGCCCCUACUGACCCCACCCCCAGCUCUUGGGCUGCAAAAUACCUGGGGCCGCGCAGCCCCGCGCUCCCCGGGUGCUGGCACGCGGUGCCAUCUGCCUUCUCUGCGUGGCCCGAGUGCUUCUUCCCUGCCCAAAACUCCAGCGUGGGCCCGGGACAGACCGAAGCCAAAGCUGCGGUGUAACCGAAUCCCAGACUGGUGCUCGGAGCACUGAGCCUGCGGGAUCUGCCUCGUCCCGGGGCUGCUCCAUCCGCCGGUGGCCGGCACGGCAUUGGCCUGCUCCGCCCUUUGCAACAUCAGCCCCCGCCUCUGAGCGCGCGUCCGUUCACUUCGAAAGAAGGCGGUUACGGCUGUGCAAGGUGACACCUCCCCGUGCCGCUCUGCAGAAGAUGCUCCUGCCCGCACAGAUAUCCCUCGGCCCUUAGGGAGCUUUGCCUAAGGUUCGCUGUAAGUCUGUCUACUAUGUUCAGGGUGGUCACGGAUUUCCCCCAUCCACUUUUUAAAUGCUGCAGAGGUGCAGCGCUGCACCUCGCCUCAAUCCGUCACACUUGCAAAAGUAACGGCCAGAAGCGACGUUCUUCAUUUCAAAUGGAAGCCGUUUUUUGAGUUCAUGAUUCCUAACGACGCACAGCUGGCAGCGCCAAAGCCGCCCGCGCGCAGCUGCAGCCCCCGCCCACAAACGGCCCGGCGGUGCGCGCCGCGUGGCGCCGUCUGAAGGAAGGGCUGCGGGCCGGUGGGGCGCGUUAACGAAGGAAUUAACGAUCCGAUUGACGAAGGAAUCGCGUCGCGGAGAACGCGAGGACUCCCGACGGGCGCUGAGCGCUCCCUCCCGCGGUCCGUGAGUUGCUUUUAAGUCGCGUUUAAACCUCGAGCUGCUCUUUGCCGGAGGCGGUUCCCCUCGCUUUGCUGCCCCCCGGGGGCGCCGAACCCUCGCCCUUCCGCGGAGUGCUGCGCUGCGGGGCUGCCGCGCGCCCGGGGCUCGGUGCGGCUUUCCCGAGGAGUUGUGUGGUUCUGUGCGUGUCGUUGUUUGCGCGCGUGUUGAUCUCUGUGAGAUCUUUCAGCAAAUGCAGUGGCUGCUCUCGUCCGGGCUUUUGUUUUCGGGUCGUUGUUUUGUUUCUGUUAUUACUUGAAUCUGCAAGGCUCCUUCUGACCCGGAGCGGUUUGUCGGAGGGCUCUGGGAGGGCUGCGGCCCCGAGGCUGAAGCGAUGCGUGGGGCGUCGCGGGCCGCGGCGUGGCUCCCCGCUCUGCCCGGGCUGACCGUGCGGGGAGGCCGUGCGCUGGCGGAGCGCGGAGGGGUUUUGUGCUCCAGCGGUGGGUGAGGGCGUUCCUGCAUAUAUAUUGCAAAACGUUUUGUGCUUCUACGUGACACACGCACACAUGUACACACCUGCAUACAAAUGGAAGUGCUUUUUUUUUUUCCUGGGUAAAAAGGGACCGUCCCAAGCACAGACUCAGUUUCUUUACGGAGUUUUGGGCUCUGUGGCGACGGCAGACGCAGGGCCGGAAUGUUUCCUUGGCACCGGCGGGCACGGUAACCCUGAUAGAAGCCACGACCCCGGGUUUCCUCAGCUGCUGCAGGGGCAGUCGGUGCCGGCGGUGCCACGUGGCCCCGAUCCCCGCAGGGCACAUUGCACCCACACUGCAGGGCUGCGUGCGGCUGCGAUGUGCUCAGCUCGGACCCUCAGAGCGUGCUUUGUUGUUGGAAGGAAUGUAGCACUGCGUAUAUCCUGCGAAGGAAAAUGCUGAAUUUAUAUCAUUAGAAUGUGAAGAGAGUUUAUAGAGUGAAAAAAAAAAUCUUGGAAAAAUGUAUCUGACAGAAGUUUAUUUUUUAUGUGGAGAGGCGGCGCUUCGUAGUUCCUGGUGGCCUAUGUCUGUUGUAAAUAAUGUACAUUUAAUUUAUUGCUAUAGUAGCAGAUUGUAUUUGUUAUGUAUAAAACUAAAGGUUCACAAAUGUAUAUUUUGUUGCUUAAAUGUGUCUUUGCAAAAUUCACAAUAAAUAACAUAUUUUGUGUC